AUGGCCAAUCAAAACGCCUCGACCGAGAGAGCUUAUGGUGUUACGAACAUAAAGACCCACAUUCCGCUUGUGUUGUAUCUUGAUGAAUGCAAUUACGAUGCAUGGAGACAGUUGCUUCUUAUGCACUGGCUCACCUUCGACAUCCUCGGCCAUGUCGAUGGAAGCUCCGCUCCAACUGGUGAUGAUGAUGCUACAUGGCACAAGCGUGAUGCCCUCGUGAAAUUGUGGCUAUACGGAACUCUCGCACCGCCACUAUUCAAAUCAACAUUCAAAAAAGGAGGCACCGCGCAUGACGUCUGGACUCGCAUAGAGAACCAGUUCAGAAAAAACAAAGAAGCUCGGGUGAUGCAGCUUGACUCCGACCUUCGAAACAAGGAGAUUGGCGAUCUCUCCAUCCAUGAGUACUGUCAGCAACUCAAAUCCGUUGCAGACCUACUAGCCAAUCUCGACUCCCCCGUGGCUGAUAAAACACUGGUAAUGUACAUGCUUAAUGGGUUGAAUGAGAAGUAUGACUAUGUACUUAAUGUGAUAAAGCACCAGAAGCCUUUUCCUUCCUUUGAUGAUGCUAAGAACAUGUUAGAGAUGGAGGAAACGAGACUGAAGAAGACGCACAAGGUGACGGCUUCACACAAAGAUAAUGCAUCUUCCUCAACGGCUCUCGUUGCAACAACUCUGGAGACUCAACAACAACAAUACAACAACAACAUCAACAACCGGGGAAACAAUAACUGUGGCAACAGGCGUGGCAAUCGCAACAGAGGGCGUUACAAUAACAACAACUUCCAUCAACGUCCUCAAUACAACAACUGGACUCCACCACCAUACUGGUAUGGAUCGUUCAGCCCCAACAACUAUCAUCCUCAGCAGCAGGCAUCAGUGGCACAAUGGCAGCCCCUUCCACAAGGGCUCUAUCCUCCUUGCUUCUAUGCACCUCCAACUCAAACGCCUGCUCCAGCUCAAGGGCUCAUGGCUGACACGACUAUCCAGCCAACAAGAGACUUUGCGGAAGCCUUCAAUACCAUGACUCUCACUGACCCUUCUCAGAAUGGCUGGUUCAUGGACAGCGGUGCUUCAGCUCACUUAGCCUCUUCGUCAGGAUCUCAAAACUCGGAAAAUCUUACUCCGCAGUGA